CUCUUCGUCACAGUUCCGUGCUCAUCCAAGUUAUCUGGCUAAUGCCUCUUGAUUUAUUUGCAUUGACCUUCCAUGAUAUCGAAGAGUCCAUAUGUUCAUUAAUUUUAUCGAACCUCUGCCCCUCUCUCUCUCUCUCUCUCUCUCUCUCCCUCUCUCUGAGGCACGACCAAUUUGUCACCAGGAUUUUGUGACGCUCUGAGGAUGCCGAGAAAUCAAAUGGCUCCAGAUGGAGCGAAUCAAGAAACAGGUUGAAUGACUUACGUAAAGUAACAGAGCCACCAGGCCCCUGUUUUUCCUGGGUUCCUGCAUGCCCGCCACGUCCUGGUGAAGACUUUCUUCGCCUUUCUUUCGAAAUGCAAAAUCCCACCGCCAGCGUUUUUCGAUCAGUCAACGCUUUCAUCUUCGAAAGCCACCUGGAUCUGUCGGAAGUCGGUCGAUCUUCCAUGGAUGGCGGCUUACAUAAGCGCCCUCAUCUUUCCAAGCUUCGUCCACACUUCCAUGGUGAUUCCAAGCCAACAUCUCUCUGUUACUUCCUCUGCUUUAGCCACAAUCCGGGAUAAAGGACCCAACUUUUGUCCAUGGCGAUCUCAUCGCUCCUCUAUAAUCCAUACCCAUCUUUUUGCACCCACAGAAGGAGCAAAUUUUCUGCUAAACCCAUCGCUUGCAGUUCGCUCAAGACCCAAAACCCUAAUCCAACUGCUCAACCCACUUCUCUCUCCGGAGACUACAAGCUCUCGUGGAAAAAGGAGCUCAAUAAGGCCUACCAGAGAGAGAUUACCAAUCUGAAUUGGGACAAAUUCGAGGAGUUGGACGAUGAGUCGUUCCAGAACUUGGUCGAUAAGCGAUGCGUGGACAAUGUGAGGAUGCUGAUCGUGGAUUCGGUCCAGAAUGCGCAGGCGGGACACCCUGGGAUGGCUCUCGGGAUGGCCGGGGUUGUGUUCUUGUUGUACAGGCAUUUGAUGAAGUAUAAUCCCAAGAAUCCCAAGUGGUUCAACAGGGACAGGUUUGUGCUGAGUGCCGGACAUGGGUGCUUGCUUCAGUACAUUUGUCUCCAUCUCGCUGGGUUUGAGUCUGUUCAGAUAGAAGACCUAAAGCGCCUAUGCAAGCUUGGCAGUAGGACUCCUGGACAUCCAGAGAAUGUGGUCACCAGUGGCAUUGAAGUCACUACUGGCCCCCUCGGACAAGGUGUAGCAAAUGCAGUAGGUCUUGCCUUGGCUGAAGCUCACCUAGCUGCUAGAUUUAAUAAACCUGAUGCUGUCAUUGUUGAUCACCGAACGUAUUGCAUAAUGGGGGAUGGAUGUGCAAUGGAAGGAAUAACCCACGAAGCUGCGUCCUUGGCUGGUCACUGGAAGCUCAACAAGCUUACACUGAUUUAUGAUGAUAAUCAUAACACUAUUGAUGGACCCACCACACUUGCUUUGUCUGAAGAUAUAUCUGCUCAGUUCAAGGCUCUUGGUUGGCAUACUGUCACAGUUGACAACGUAGAUGCUGAUAUGAGUCCAUUCAAGGAUGCACUUCUCUCUGCUUUCAACGAGACGGAGAAACCCACUUUCAUCAGGGUGAAAACCCUGAUAGGGAAACUGUCUGGAAAAGAAGGGACAUCAAAAGCUCAUCAUGGGGCCUUCAGCGAAGACGAUUUAAGGAACAUGAAACAAAAAGUUAACUGGACUGAUAGAGAGCGUUUCCAUGUCAUCCCUAUGAUAUACAGGGAGAUGCAGAAGCAAGCAGAUGUUGGGGAGAGACUGGAAAAAGAAUGGUACUCCAACCUUUACUCGUACCAGAUCAAAUAUCCUCAAGAGGCCAUAGAAUUUCAGAUUCUUCUCAGUGGGGGUUUGCUUCCUGGUUGGGAAAACUCGUUGCCGAGGUGGUCACAGUCUGAUCCAGUGGAUGCCACCCGGGGAUACUCCGAGAUGUGCUUAAACCAGCUCGCUAAGGUUCUUCCCGGGUUGAUUGGCGGGAGUGCAGAUCUUGCAACCUCCAAUAAAGCUUAUCUCCACAAUUAUGAUGACUUCCUGCCGAGCUCUCCCUGGGGUCGUAACAUCCGCUAUGGUGUUCGAGAGCAUGCGAUGGGGGCCAUCUCAAAUGGCAUUGCUUUGCAUGGAAGUGGACUCAUCCCAUUUGCAGCAACAUUCCUUAUAUUCUCAGACUACAUGAAGAACACUAUCCGGCUUGCUGCUCUGAGCCACGCUGGAGUCAUCUACGUCAUGACCCACGAUUCAAUCGGACUAGGGGAGGAUGGUCCUACUCACCAACCGGUGGAGCAGCUUGCAGGACUCCGGGCCAUCCCGCACCUCCUAGUCUUCAGACCAGCUGACGGGAACGAGACUGCCGGGGCCUACAAGAUUGCCGUGGCGAACCGGGCCACGCCUAGCCUCAUCGCGCUGUCUCGACAGAAAGUAGCUUCAAAUCUCAUGGGGACAUCGGGGGACGCGGUCAAACGGGGCGGUUACACAAUCAGCGACAACUCAGGGGAGCAGAUGCCUGAGAUAAUAUUGAUCGGCACGGGAUCGGAGCUUUGCCUCUGCGAGGGGAGCGCGACGAGGUUGAGGGAGGCAGGGAGGAGGGUCAGGGUGGUGUCGCUCGUGUGCUGGCGCCUCUUCGAUAGGCAACCGAGGGAGUACAAGGAGCGGGUGCUGCCCUCGAAUGUGGUCAAGCGCGUGAGCGUGGAGGCCGGGUCGCCAGUCGGGUGGAGGGAGUACGUGGGGUGGGAGGGUGUGGUGGUCGGAGUGGACGAGUUCGGUGCAAGCGGGCAAUAUUUGGACACAUUCCACAAGUAUGGCUUUACGGAGGAGAACAUUACCCGGAUUGCCAACAUUUUGCUGUGCAAGUGAAGGAGGAGGAGGUGCUUAUCGUUGGAGCUUCUUUUGGAUGGGUCAAGUACACAUUCCUCAUUCGUAUCCCGGUGCACGGGUUCUCGGCAUUGCAGUCGAACCUCACGGCAAUGGGUGUGGCGGACGUGCCUUGGAUGCCUCUGUAGAGGAUGUCGCUUAUCUUCACGCUCGAUUCCUAUUCGUUGCAAUCAUCAAUUUUCUCAGGAUGACAAAGAUGAGUUUAGGACAU